UAAUAUAAUAGGCAUAGAUGAAGAAUGGGGAAGUAAAUUAGCAAAUGUCACGUGAUGGGCGAAACAGGAUAGAAUUGAAUAUACUAUCAUCUAGAUAAGUUCUGUUCGGUUUGAUUAUCAUAUUCUAUCGUUUUUUGGCAACUGGUCACUUUUGGAUCGGUGUCAGUGAAGAAAAUGGGGUUGUUUUCUGCGUUCAGGGAAAAUGGGGCACCCACGUUCUACGCACCCAAUAAAACACCAUUCGUAGCCGACUUGGUAGAGUCUGGUCUCAUAUUUUGUAUUGUCAUAUUAGCAUUCUCCUUUUUUGUUAUACUGCCAGGUAUUAAAGGGAAAGAGAAAUUAUUCACGUUUAUCAGGAUUGUGGUUAGCUUGUAUAUUGGAUCAGUAAUUCUAUUAACUAAUUUCGCCCAGACCUGGGAAGUAGCUCAUACAGAAACGACUACAAAAUACAAAGCUGGUACUGGACGAGAAAUAAAUGCGUCUAUUACAGUUGAUAUUGGUUUACGAGGAAUUAAUAUUACCCUUAAAGGUGUACCUGAAAAGCAGUUAAAUGAAACUAUCAACUACAAUGAACAUUUUAGCUGGCAGUGGCGUCAAGGUCGUUUGGGUUUCGGACCGUUUGCUGGUCGAUUUAGUCAAGAAUAUCGAGCUGCACAAUUUCGAGGUCUUCCUCUGCCAAUACUGUGGAUUGCUGAGUAUUUCACUUUUGAUGGCGAAGGUAUUCGUUGGGGAAGGCAUUAUAGACAGGCAGGGUGGUACAGCCAUAUAGCUUUAUGGCUAGCCUUUCCCUUGUGGAUAUUAUCCAAUAUCCUCUUCUUUGUAUUGUUACGAUAUGGGGCUUAUUUCUUGGUGAUGACAGGAAUGAGUAUGGUGACAUCCAAUAUACUCUGGUCUUCAAUAAGAAAUUUUAACGAUCCACUUAUUAUACCCUUCACAGAUGAACACAAACUGGAAUUUGUAUUUGGACCAUCUUACUAUGUUUGUUUAAUCACUGGUAUAAUCUGUAUUAUAUUGGGAAUCAUUGUAGCGGUAUUAGAUUUACGAUUCCCAGCUGCUAUUGCUACGUUUUUCAAUGUAGACGUUCUACAGGAUUCUGAAGAUAUUCAAGUAGAAGAUGACGAUACCCCGGCAGCAGAGGAGACGAAGGAAGGAAGUGAUGAUGAUGAAGAAGAACCAGUAGAAACUAGAAACAAUGGAGCUUCUUCUGAACCCCGACCAGUAACGGCUACUGAUGAGGAAAUCUACGAGAUUCAGAUGCCCAAACAGAAAAUGCGAAGUGAGCGAACCUUUACUCAGAGAUUCCAGAAGAAUCGACGAAAUCGUCCCCCACCACCUCUACCAACCCAAACUGUAGAGGACGACGAUGAUGAUCAAGAGUCUUAUAUUAAUGCCUCUGAAAUAAAAAAAAUGAAGAAAAAGAAUCCAGUUAGACUUGAAAGUGUCAAAAUGAAAGUUGUUUAAAAGUAUUUAUGUUUUAAGAUCGACGGGUUAUAAUCCUAUAUAAAUAUAUUUCUUAUAUGCAUCCGAUCUUAAUUAAAAAUUUGUGUCAUUCUUAAUUAUAAAAUAAAACCACAUUCACAUUUUCUACUAUCACUAUUUAUUCAAUAAAUAUUUAUAUACUAUAAAGAUACAAUAUAUGAAAUUAUUUACAGAAAUAUAAAUACAUUGUUUAAAAUUAAAUCAUAAAUUAUAUAGUGGCAUAAAUUACAAAAAAAACAACAUGUUUACUCUCAAUUAAUUAUCAAAAGUUCUAUUUGAUAAUGUAUAUAUACCGUCAAUUGCAGUAUAAGUUGGGUACAAGCCAAUGCAUGGUCAUGACUACAAUUUGUAUAAUUUAUGCAUAUUUUAAAAAAAAAUAUUUCCACUAUUACGUUUGUAGUAUUUGUACAACACUAACUUGGUCAUUUCAGCACUAACACAUGGACUAAUAAUGCGCUUGCGUGUAGGGGAAACUGGAGGAUCCGUAGAAACUGACAAGGUUAUACAGGCGACCCUACUCCUUAAGUUUCAACAAACAAUGAACAUAAUUGUAUGGAACAUGUAACCAGAAACACGUCGAGGGUGUAGUAAAUAUAAUUUCAAAUUCUUCAGUUACCUUUGUUUAAGACGUACAAAAUCAUAAUAACCUCUAGUUUGAGUAGUAAAAAAGGGUCUGUGUUAGCUUUUGACAGUUUCAAUUUUUCCUCAAACGAAUUUAAUAUUUUUAUAUUUUAUUUUGUAGUAUAAAUACUAUAGUCUUUCAUAAUAAAUAUAUGUUCCCUAAAACAAUUUUUCCCCCGAACGAAUUUACUAUUUUUCUCAUCGCUCUAUUGGGUCAUUGUAUUAUAUUUUGUAGUAUAUAUACAGACUAUAUUUUAAUAAAUUUCUAUUAUAAUAAAGAUAUUUUCCCCUAA